CUGUCAGGGGGCGGGGACUGUUAGGUCCGACAGGAAAACUAAAGAAAGGCGAGGAUCUCUAAUAAAACGGUAAAAUAACGUUUACGGGACUAGCUACUCAGAAUAAGACAAGGAUGGCUGCAAUCAGAAAGAAACUGGUGAUAGUCGGCGAUGGAGCCUGUGGCAAGACCUGUCUCCUCAUAGUGUUCAGCAAAGAUCAGUUCCCUGAGGUUUACGUGCCCACCGUGUUUGAAAACUACGUGGCAGAUAUUGAGGUGGAUGGUAAACAGGUGGAGCUGGCUCUGUGGGACACAGCGGGUCAGGAGGAUUACGACCGACUGAGGCCUCUCUCCUAUCCAGACACAGACGUCAUCCUCAUGUGUUUCUCCGUUGACAGCCCUGACAGUUUGGAGAAUAUUCCAGAGAAGUGGACUCCCGAGGUCAAGCAUUUCUGUCCCAACGUGCCCAUCAUUCUUGUGGGGAACAAGAAAGACCUGCGGAAUGAUGAGCACACGCGUCGAGAGUUGGCGAAGAUGAAACAGGAACCGGUGAAGCUGGACGAGGCGAGGGACAUGGCUAACCGGAUCAACGCCUUCGGUUACUUGGAGUGCUCGGCCAAGACGAAGGACGGUGUGCGGGAGGUGUUUGAGAUGGCCACCAGGGCGGCGCUGCAGGCCAAGAGGCGAGGCAAGAAGGGCGGCUGCCUCCUGCUAUAGAGGGUCAGCUCACACAGGAUGUGGAGGGGCAUGGGGGGGGGCAAACGAAAACCAGAAGGCCAAGAAAAAUAUAUAUAUGGGCACAACUGUACGGCGCGUUACAGGGAUGAGCGAGAAAAGUCCAAUCAGGCUAAAGGGGGGAAAAAAAGAAAGUGAAAUGCAAUGGGGGGAAAAGGGAGUUUAUACAUUUUAAGUACAAGGUUUUAGCUUUUAGCUUUCAAAUAAAAGUACUGUUAUCUUUUGUUCAGGAUUUAUCAGACAUGAAAUUAUGAAGAGAACGUGAAGAGAACGAGACCUCUCUCUCACUAAUACUUUUAGAAGUGCGGGAGGGUCCGUACGGUUUCCAGUUCUCUGAAUGUCUGUACCUAAGCCGUAGCUCUGCGGUUUGGGGUUGAGACCUGCUCCUGAGGCCUGUACUACGAAGCGAGUUCAACACAUCCGGGACAUCUUUCAGGUUUAUCGGGCUUCGCUAACCCUGACGUCCACGUUCACGCUGAACGGUCCCAUGACGGUGGUUAUCAACCCGAGCCACGUUCAGCACCGACAAAACACUGAAUGGGGGUUACAUUGAACACACUGUAGCGUGCGCAAGCUCUGUGCCUUUUACCGCGGGUUUACAGACACGUCUCUGCUGAUUGGGUAUCCCCUGUGACACAGCCAGUAAACUAGAGACGCCCCCCCCCACCAAAACGAGAGACAACAUAACUCAAAGCCCUUGCACACCGUUCAGAGGAAACAUGUCGUUUAAAACGGAAACUGUAGCAAAAUGGUGCACAACAAUUUUGAGAUUGAAUGAAUUUUAUUCCUCUUUUUAGUCAACUUUAGCAUGGGUUCAUAAAGUCAUGAGCAGCACUGUACAGUACUCCAGGCGCAAC